CUAGGACAGCUUUUGCUGGACCUUAGGUGGCCGCCUUUUGCACGCUAUCUGUGCAAAGCAUUUUGCAAGCGCAUUCGUGCAAAACCUAUCAAAAGCCACCAUGCUCGCGGCGCUCCGCCGCGGCGCGGCGCUCCCCCGCCGCGCCCUCUCGACAACCACAGAGAUGCACGGCACGACGAUCCUCUGCGUGCGCCGCAAGGGCCGCGUCUGCUUGAUCGGCGACGGCCAGGUCUCCAUGGGGAGCAUCGUCGUGAAGGGCAACGCGAAGAAGGUGCGGCGCGUCGGCGACGACGUCCUCGUGGGCUUCGCGGGAAGCACGGCCGACGCCUUCUCGCUGCUCGACCGGCUGGAGAAAAAAUUGGAAGAGCACCCGGGGCAGCUCGCCCGGUCCUGCGUCGAGCUCGCAAAGGCCUGGCGCACGGAUAAAUAUCUUAGGCGGCUCGAGGCGGUGCUACUCGUCACGGACCGGACGCAGACCUUCGAGCUGACGGGCACGGGCGACGUCCUCGAGCCGAGCGACGGGAUCAUGGGCGUGGGGUCGGGCGGCCACUACGCGCUCGCGGCGGCGCGCGCGCUCGCGACCGUCGAGGACCUCGAGGCGCGCGACAUCGCGACGCGGGCCAUGGCCGUGGCCGCGGACAUGUGCGUCUACACGAACACGAACUUCAUCGUCGAGGAGCUCGACGAGGUCGCUCCCGAGGGUGAUGAUAAGGGGAAGGGGGAGGAGGGCGUGUAAGGUUGUGUCUAG